AUGUGUUACACGCUUUUACUCGAGCAGGCCAUAUCUGCUCAUGAAGAGGAUGAACUUCAAAGACUAAAAGAAGAAGUGAAUAAGCUGUUCAAUGCUAUAUCAGACGGCAAUGCACAAGGCUUGUUAAGCUUAUAUGAGGCUGCACAAUUUCGAGUACAUGGGGAGGAGAUUCUAGAGGAAGCACUAAAGUUUUCUACCACUCAUCUCAAGUCCGUGCUCCAUCUGCACAAUCCUUUGUCUAUACAAGUUAGUGAUGCCUUUGAGAUGCCAAUUCACAAAACUUUGACAAGGCUGGGGGCGAAGAGGUUCGCUUUAAUUUAUCAAGAAGAUGAAUCACAUAAUCCAAUAUUAUUGAAAUUUGCGAAACUGGACUUCAACUUACUGCAGAAGAUGCAUCAGAAGGAGUUAUGUGACAUUACAAGGUGGUGGAAGACUUUAGAGUUGGAAAAUAAAUUGCCUUUUGCAAGAGAUAGGUCGGCGGAAUGCUAUUUUUGGAUAUUGGGGGUAUACUUUGAACCCCGAUAUUGUCUUGCUAGAAAAAUACUAACUAAAUUAAUUGCAUUCGUUUCUAUCAUUGAUGAUAUCUAUGACGUUUAUGGAACAAUAGAUGAAGUUACACUUUUCACAGAUGCAUUUGACAGGUGGGAUUUAGAUGCCACAGACCAGCUACCACCUUACAUGAAACAUUGUUACAAAGCACUUUUGGAUUUCUAUGUCGAGACUGUAGAAGAGUUGGAAAAGACAGGAAGAUCGUACUGUGCUCAAUACGUGAAAGAAGAGGUUAUUAUUGCCACUUCUUUGGUCGGUAUGGGAGAUCUUGCAACUGAGGAAGCCUUUGACUGGAUUUCAAGCGAACCAUUAAUCGUACGUGCUACAUCAACAAUUUGUAGACUAAUGGACGACAUGGUCGGACAAGGGUUUGAGCAGAAAAUAUCAGUAGUCGAAUGUUACAUCAAUGAAAAAGGGGUUUCAGAAGAAGAGGCAUUUGCUGUAUUUCAGAAACAAAUUACGAAUGCAUGGAAGGAUAUAAAUCAAGAAUUGCUUCAAAAAACUGCAAUACCAAUGGUCAUCCUCGUGCGAGUAGUCAAUCUUGCAAGCAUCAUGAAUCUUCUGUACAAAGAUAUUGAUGCAUAUACUCAUGUCGAAAAGUCUCUUUUAAAAGAUUUCAUAAAUUUGGUGCUAGUUCAACCUAUGACAAUGCCAUCAUAA